CUCACACAACUAUCUCUUUCUUAUUUAGCACUUAGUGUGUUAAGUCUUUCCGAUCAAUUUAUUAAUAGUUAUUAAUUAUUAAUUAAAGCUCAUAUAAUAACCCCAACACAGAAAAAAGUGCAACUUACUUCGCAUAUUAAAAUUGUGGAAAACGAUUUAUAAAUACUAUUUCGCGUCUAUUUUAGAACAGUUACAUAAUUUAUAUUGUUUACGUGAUGUUAAAUACUUCAAAUAUGAGUGUCGUUUGGAGUGUCGCGAUAACGUCUAUAAAAACUCUGUUUAUCACAAAGUCAGUCAAUAAUACUAAGUUAAUCAACAGUGUUCGUCGUUUUUCUAUCACACCGAGUUCAAAUAUGAAGCUAGUACAGUUUGUUUAUAAUGAAAAUCCAGGAGAAAUCCGCGCCGGUUACCUUGAAGGCGACAAAGUCGUGGACAUAAACAAAACGGAUUGCAGUAUACCAAGUACUCUGUUGGAGAUACUAAAAAACGGUGACUUGGAGAAAGUUAAGAAACUACCACUUAUGAAACCACCCUCAAUAGAUCUAAGUUCCAUUAAAUUGGCAGCACCAAUACAUGGCCAUGACAAAGUGCUCUGCAUCGGACUCAAUUAUAAGGAUCACUGCGAGGAGCAGAAUCUGACACCACCCCAAGUUCCGCUGAUUUUCAGCAAGUUCGCCAGCACAGUGGUUGGACCCAAGGACGCUGUAAAGCUACGGACAGAUGUGACUAAUAAAGUGGAUUGGGAAGUCGAAUUAACUGUGGUGAUCGGCAAACCCGCGAGCAGAGUCAAAGCUAAAGAUGCGUAUAAAUAUGUCCUUGGAUACACGGUGGCACAAGACAUCAGUGCAAGGGACUGGCAGAAGGAGAGGAACGGUGGACAAUUCCUUCUGGGAAAGUCGAUGGACACCUUCUGCCCCAUCGGUCCCUGUAUCACCACCAGCGACGAGAUCCCCGAUCCUCAGAGCCUGUACAUCAAAUGCAGCGUGAAUGGUGUUGAGAAACAGAAGAGCAACACAAACCAAUUAGUUCAUAAAAUACCAGACGUCAUAGAGAGACUGAGCUCGGUAAUGACUCUCCUCCCUGGGGACAUCCUUCUAACUGGCACGCCAGGGGGUGUGGGAAUGUACAGAUCACCUCCAGAGUAUUUAAAGCCCGGUGACGUCAUACACAGCGAAAUAGAGAAGAUCGGAGUACUGGAAACCAGAGUAGAGCAGCUCUAGACUCACCGUACAUGAAAUACAGAACAAAAUAAUAUACAGUAAUAUUAUGUAAUAAAAAUAUUUAGAUGUAAAUCAAUUUUAUAUACAUAUUGUAUUUACGAUGCAACAACACUUACUUAAUAUAUACUAUUAUGAAUAAAUAAUAAAUUGUUGAUUUAAAAAUAAAA